AUGGGUGUGGACCAAUAUGUGAGUUUUUGUAAAUAUUCGAUAUUUCAUUCAGUCAAUGCUCGCCUAUGGUCUGCGUUGAGAAUAGCUUCCAGCCAUCUGAAGUUUGUGGACAUUACAAGACGUGCUACCAUGGCCAGUGGGUUGAGGCUCGUUGCAACAAUGGGAAGCAAUUUGUCAACGGCCGAUGUACCAAGGAGGAUUGCAUUCAGCAAAAUUUCGAAGAGAAACACUAUUCACAACUUCAAUGUCAUACUGGAGCAGUACGACCGCAUCCGUCGAAUAAGCACUCGUACAUGUUCUGCCAAUACGGAAUGUGGACCGAAAGAAGUUGCCCCGAUGGCGCACUAUUCGAUUGGAAGGUAA